AAUUUGUCGUCCUACGACUUUCCGGGGUAUCUUGUGACAUUUUCCGCACGCUUUUUAUAGGGCGAUUGCUCGUCCCGUGAAGUGAAAAGUGCAGCGAAAAGGAUGUUUUCCGCGAUAAAUAGCGCUGUCCGAGUGGUCAGCAGGUGCGAAACCGGAAGAUUCGUUUCCGGCCUUGUGCAAUUCAACCGUCAAUAUGCGGCCGCGGCAAAGGCUGGCACGACGAAUGGUCGUGUGGUGGCUGUAAUUGGUGCCGUGGUGGACGUGCAGUUCGAUGAGAGCCUGCCACCCAUCCUGAAUGCUCUGGAAGUUGAGGGCCGCAAGCCCAGGCUGGUGCUGGAAGUGGCGCAGCAUUUGGGCGAAAACACCGUGCGCACGAUUGCCAUGGACGGAACGGAAGGUCUGGUGCGCGGACACAAAGUGCUGGACACUGGCUCUCCCAUCAAGAUCCCCGUUGGCGCUGAGACACUGGGCAGGAUCAUCAACGUGAUCGGCGAGCCCAUCGAUGAGCGCGGUCCGAUUGACACCACAAAGUUCGCCCCGAUUCACGCUGAGGCUCCGGAAUUCGUGGAGAUGAGCGUGGAGCAGGAGAUCCUGGUCACGGGCAUCAAAGUGGUGGAUUUGUUGGCGCCAUAUGCCAAGGGAGGGAAGAUUGGCCUGUUCGGCGGCGCCGGCGUGGGCAAAACGGUGUUGAUCAUGGAGCUGAUCAAUAACGUGGCCAAGGCUCACGGUGGUUACUCAGUAUUCGCGGGUGUGGGCGAGAGGACACGCGAGGGAAACGAUCUCUACAACGAGAUGAUCGAAUCCGGUGUCAUUUCCCUCAAGGACAAGACCUCCAAGGUCGCUCUGGUGUACGGGCAGAUGAAUGAGCCUCCAGGCGCUCGUGCUCGUGUCGCUCUGACCGGACUCACUGUGGCUGAGUAUUUCCGCGAUCAGGAGGGCCAGGACGUGUUGCUCUUCAUUGACAACAUUUUCCGCUUCACGCAGGCCGGUUCCGAAGUGUCCGCCUUGCUGGGUCGUAUCCCAUCAGCCGUGGGCUACCAGCCGACGCUGGCCACUGACAUGGGUAGCAUGCAGGAGCGCAUUACCACCACCAAGAAGGGCUCCAUUACAUCCGUGCAAGCCAUUUACGUGCCCGCUGACGAUCUUACUGAUCCCGCGCCGGCCACGACAUUCGCCCAUUUGGACGCCACAACUGUCUUGUCCCGUGCAAUCGCUGAGCUGGGCAUUUACCCCGCUGUGGAUCCUCUGGACAGCACCAGCCGCAUCAUGGAUCCCAACAUCAUUGGCUUGGAGCACUACAAUAUUGCUCGAGGCGUGCAGAAGAUUCUCCAGGACUACAAAUCUCUGCAGGACAUUAUCGCCAUUCUGGGUAUGGAUGAGUUGAGUGAGGAGGACAAGCUCACAGUGGCACGCGCCAGGAAAAUCCAGAGAUUCCUCUCACAGCCCUUCCAAGUCGCCGAAGUGUUCACAGGACACGCCGGAAAGCUCGUUCCUCUGGAGGAGACCAUCAAGGGUUUCAGCAAGAUUCUGGGUGGAGAGUACGACCACCUGCCCGAAGUGGCAUUCUACAUGGUGGGUCCCAUUGAGGAGGUUGUGGCCAAGGCGGAACGCCUCGCCAAAGAGGCUGCCUAAACAUUCUGAUAUUAGCCGCAAUUGAACAUGUUCUGUGAAUUUAGGUGUCUCAAUAAAAGUUACAACAAAAUGA